GCAUUCGUCAAGCAGCAGCUCUUAGAUGGUAGUAAUCAGGACUUGAUUAUCGACAAGGAUAGUCAUCCAUUUCCGAAUCAAAGUUGUUCAGUGCAAGACGACUGCAAGCUCUCGAAAGUGACAUGUACUCCAUCAGAUCAACUUCUUGACAUACGUGAUACAAUAGAAGCGCGUCAGGACGAGAUUCGUUCAGGUUUAAGAAAUGCUCUUAACGAUGCUCACAUAUCCACAUCUCGUCUUUCGAAGACUGAUCCCUUCGUUUUGAUUGCAUUUGAUCACACUGUCGAUACCAAUUAUGAUGAUCAGCAAGCGCCAUCGAGUACAAUAAUGAGGUUUUCGAGCAUCAUGAAUGCAGACAAUUGGAUUGCUAAUGUGAAAUAUGUGACAUUGAGUGAUGCACUGAAACUCAUGCAUAAUCGUAUUGAUUGUGAGCAGUCUGCUGUUGUUAUUGUGAUAGUUCUCACACCUGACAGUCAAUUAAGAAGACCAGUAGAAGUUCCGCCUCAUCUCAAUUCGGAGUCUUCAACUGCUCCCCCAAUUACCACUAUCAAACGUUCAACUUCGAAUGGUUGUUUUUCUGUACUUGUUUUUGAAUCAUUAGCAUCAGCAAAUUGUCAUCAUCAGAAAUCGUCACUCGGAUACAGCUUUUGUUUGUGCAAUCGUGAACGAUUUCAUCACCGCAAAAACAGCGAACAUCAGUCAGAAUGGCUGAACAACAUUCAACAUGUGCACCAGCAGAGAUGGAACAACGAUGAGUUUAACGAGAAGAAGUUCGCAAGGAAGCACAAAAAUGCUUUCUCGAAUUUCAGUGGGCAUGAGCAGACGCCAGGAGUGAUUCACAUUAAGAAUGAGGCGAUUUUACACUGUCUUCGAACUUUUAUUUUGUGUUUGGUUCAUCGAAGGAGUGCCAAAGUGCUGGGAUCACCUCAAAAUUCAUUAUCGAGCGAAUCUGAUGGUAAUGUUAGUAGUUUAUCGGACGCGGACAACAGCAGCUCAGAUGAGGAAACUGGAGAAAGGAAUGCAGAUGCAACGAUAUCGGAAUGCGUCCCUCGGUCAUCUCAUUCUUCGAUUCUACGAAGCAAUCGUUGCUGUCAUCAAUCAACUGAUGCAGUGAAUUCGGCUGUAAUCAUUGAUUCAGAUCGGCGAUUCGCUAUUGAUUGUUACCAUAAAGCGAAGAAAAAUAAUCAAUUGCUGAACGAUGGUUGUGUCAAUGCUGAGCAAUCCGAAGAUUCUCAUAAUGAUGAUUUUUAUCUUCUGCCAGUUUCAGCUCCAAAUCGGAAAGCAAUGCAAAGAGCAAUUUUAACUAUCAGUGAAAAUCUACUGGAAAACAGAGAAACUGUUGAUGAGGUUACCAAACGUCUUCAGUUCAAUCAAACACACCAUCAGAAAUAUCGUAAAGCGUUCAUUGUGAGCAAUGAUCACACGAAGAAAGAUGCUUCGCUGCAACUGAUUUCACCUCAACUCAACGCAGAAACUUCACCAGCAAGUUCAGAUCCUCUCAAAUCAGCUGUUGUCAUCGAUACAGAAUCACCACACUUUAAUGGUGAAGCUUUUUAUCGAUCAUCAACAUUUUUCCGUGACUCUUUCAUCAACUGUUGUGAAGCGUUCAGUAUUGAAUCUGACCCCAAGUGUGAAAGCAUAUUUCAUCGUGCUUCUGCAUCGUAUGCGAUGUGUCGAUUGAUGUUGAAAAUUGGAUAUCAUAAAGGUGGCGUGUUGAGUUCCGGUAAUGAUGUUUUGAUUUGUUGUGCUGCACUACAGAUUCUAUCACUUCAAGAUGCUUGUCAUCUUUAUAAGGUAGCGACAAAUGGAAACGUUAAAGAGCUCCGCCAGAAAAUCAGUAAGAUUACUCUGAAUGAAAGUGGUAUACUACUGAAAGAUAUUUACGGUUGUCCUCUUGACACUGUCGAUGCGAUAUUCAAGGCAAUACAAUGUUCGAAAGCAGAACAACUUGCAUUUCUGAAUAUUCAACAGGGAAAGGUUCUUGACUUAUCAUUAAGCAAUUGUCAGGCCAAUUCAGCACUAUUUAUCAUUGAUUCUAUCAAGCUGUUUCUUGUAUAUAUCGCUAAACUUUACGAAAACGGAGUGGACAUUGAAUGGAGCUUACUAGAACGUGUUCCACCGGACAAGAUUCAUCGUAUUGAUACAAUAUCUCCUAGUUGUUCACCAGAAUCAACUACCUUCGAUAUCGUUCUCUCAGAUUAUCCACAUUUACUUGAUCACACUAUUGCUGAUCAAUUGGUUCUAUCUGCUGCAUCACAAAUUCUUCUUUUGAAGGAAUAUUUGCAACUUGAAGAAUUCACUUUCGAAAACGUACAAUUUAAUUCUCCAAUUGUGUUCAGUUCAGCUGAUGAAAUUGUUCGACUUCAUUUAGAAGAAACGAGCAAUUCUGAUGAAAUGACGACAGUCAAUAUCCUUCAUAAGGGACGGAUUUGUUUGAACUGCUCAAUUCGAAAGCAUCCACCCACUGAAGAGCCAAUCUCGAAAUUGUAUGUCGAUGAAGAUAUGGUAAGCAAAGCGGAUUUCUCCAAUAAUUAUGAAUGCAAAAUUAGAGCAAAUGAAUUUUACGAUACAAUGCUAUCCUAUGGUUAUCAGCACAAACAAACAUUUCGUUCAGUUGCUGAGGUCUGUUACACGGGAACGGAGGGCACCGUUCGUUUGACUGACUCAAAUCAUUUGGAUGUGAUGUUAGAUGGUGCAAUGCAAGCAAUAGUUUAUUGUCAUCUUAAAAAUUCACCCAAACAGAACUGCUCUCUAAUAGUGCCGUAUCAUAUCGACAGUAUAACAGCCACUUCGGAUUUUGUUACGACCGCUUCAGAAGAUAGUGCUAAUACUGCCUGUUUCUCCUAUAAAUAUUCGGAUAAUUAUUUGAACGGCUGUCUAAUGCUUCGUAUAAAUGGAGCGAUGUUUCUGCUCAAAGGAAUACUUUUCAUGCCAUUCAAUUUCAGUAAGAUACUGAAAAACAUGGAAAUAUCGGAAUCUGAUAACAGAACAGAUCAAAAGACAACACUAUCAUCAAAUGCUCCGUAUGCAGGUUUCGGAGAAAAUUUUUCUCACAGAGAAGCAGAACAAAACACCGACAGUGCUUCAAAUGAAGAUCUUCGAAAAGAUAAAGAACAAAUCUUCGAAAAGAUAAAAAACAAAUCGGAUGGAUCGGUGAUCGCAAUUACUUCGUUUGCUUGUCGUUUACCGUCGAAUGUUAACGAUUUGGCCGAGUUUUGGGAAGCACUUAAAAUUGGCAAGAACAUAGCCGCAAAAAUACCAUGCAGUCGGAUCAGUGCUCGUGACAACCUGUUGUCAGGAGCAAACUAUGGUCAUAGUAUCGAGGGAGCAAACUUCUUACAAGAUGAUAUUGCUGAGUUUGAUGCUGAAUUUUUUGGCAUUUCCAAAAGUGAGGCUGAAAAAAUGGAUCCACAACAAAGGAUUUUGUUGGAAUGUGUCUAUGAAUGCAUGGAAAAUGGUGGAUUGAAAUCAUUUGAAGAUACUGGUGUAUAUGUUGGCGUUAUGGGUUCUGAAUAUGCGGAUGAUCUCUUGCAAACAAAUCAUCCUGAUAACGUGAUCUCAAUGUUAGGAUCAAGUGCGAGUGUUCUAUCGGGUCGUGUCAACUAUGUGUUUGAUAGUGUCGCUCCAUCUGUAACAAUUGAUACGGCAUGUAGUUCAUCUUUAGUGGCGCUAAAUACUGCUAUUGGAGCAAUCCUUCAGAAUCAGUGUUCUCGAGCACUUGUAGGUGGUGUGAAUUUGAUGAUAACUGAGCGAGGCUUCGGACAACGAGCUAAUGGCCGCAUGCUCUCUGAAGAUGGUUUCUGUAAGACGUUUGACGCCAGAGCUGAUGGCUAUGGACGUUCGGAUGGUUGUGUUGUAUUUCUGGUAGAGCGGAUCACUGAUACAAAUAGAUUGAUGAAUGGACAAAUUUAUGGAGUUAUUGAUGUGAGUCAAAUUAAUCACGACGGGCGAAGUGCUUCAUUAAUAGCACCGAAUGCACUCUCACAACAAAAACUCAUUGAACGAAGCUUAGAAAAAGUAUCCAACAAUCGAACUCCAUCAUACUGGGAAGCACACGGAACUGGAACAUUAUUGGGUGAUGCUAUUGAGAUGAAAUCACUCAAUAGUGCACUCAAAACUGAGGACAUUGUUCUGGGUACGGCAAAAACUCACGUAGGGCACACAGAAGCUGCCGCUGGUGCAUGUGCACUUCUGAAAGUAGCAUUGCAGAUGUAUUACAACUAUUUGCCCGUGCAUAAUCAUUUUAUGGUAUCGAAAAACUUUGUGGAAAAUAAAUUUCGAUUGCCCAUUGUUGGUGAAGAAUGGGACAGUGAUGGUAGUUGUGCGGGAAUUAGUUCGUUCGGUGUGAGUGGCACUAAUGCAGUUGCUAUCGUGUCGAGUUGUUCUCGGAAGAGAAGUCUCGCACGAUGGAGUGAUCCACUGCGCUACUAUCACAUUUAUCCAGUAUCAUCGAAGAACAAACAAUCUUUGCAAAAGUUAUUUGAGAUCAGCAGGAAAAUGCUGACUGAAACCAGUAUGCCAAUAGGACGAUUAUGCUGUAUGGCUGCCGUACAUCGAGAGCAUUUUCGUUAUCGGAGUGCAAUUUUAUUGAAAAGAAAUCGAAUCUGCGCUGAGUUUCAUACCGAUAAACACAAAGUCUCAGUGAAUCGACAAUAUGGCAUUAAAUUUGACUUAUUUCAAUGCUCAUUUUUAGUUGAUGCAAUGCGAUUGUUUCAAGCAUACACGGAAUACCGAAAGAGAUUUCUCCAGGUUCAAAAACUUCUACGUGAACUUAUCAAUAGCAAUACUAAAUUCAGAAGCUUAAUCGCUCAAUCAACUGAUCUCAUCAAUAUUAUACAUCAGUGUGCUUUGGCAGUAUUUUUAUAUGAUCUCGGCAUUCAUAUUUCUACUGUUAUGAUCAGCAGUGAUCAUGCACUAAUAGCUGCAUUCAUAUUCAAGAGUAUUCUCUCCAACGAAUCACCAAGCGACUUGACCGGCUCAUCCUCUUAUGUUGCUCAUGAUGCAUCACACUUGCCUCCUUCAAAAAUGUCCUUCGUUUGCAAUACACGAAUCUCAGACUGGUUAGAAAAAUUACUUUUCGUUAAAGAAUGGCUAAAAAAGUCAAACUCCCAAAGAGGCAAAGUUUUUGAAUGGAUCAAUUUGAAGCGGUUGACAUCUGCGUCAAGAAGUGACACAAAUUUUGAAGAUAAACUCGCACGAUUGUAUGUGGAUGGUGUUGAUAUCAAGUGGGAUCUUCUUUACGAAUCUGAGAAUUUUGACAAUAUUAUUCCAAACUAUCAGUUUAAUAAUCACAAAUACUGGCAUUGUGAGCGAACUACACCUUUCGAUGAUCACCUCAUUGGGUGUAUCAUCAGCGAAAAGCCUUCUGAAAUCACGUUUCGAAAUCAACUAUCUGUAUCAAAUGAACAUUAUUUGUUCAAUUUUUCCGUUAAUGAUACAUUGAUGAUGCCUUACGGCGUUUGUAUCGAGGCAGUUCUGAAGGCCGUCGAUCGAAUUUUGCUCCGGAAACAAAACCGCUCCAGAUACUUUCUUCGGAAUAUGUCUUUCCACGAGUUUGAAUUGCCGAAAAAAUUCUGGUUGACAACAAAAGUGGCAAAGUUGAAGCCGAAUGAAUGCACAGUAGAACUCUGUGUAGAGCGGCAAAAAAUUGCAUCCGUCAGAGCGUUCGCCGAGGAAAACUGUUCGAUAAUAACGAAAAGGUUGCCUGAAAAUGUAAACAAGCUCAUAAAUUUACCAAAUUUCUAUGAUCAGUUGGCGGAUGAAGAUAUCAAGUUCAGAAAUUCUCUUCAAACGAUCACUAAGGCAUCUGCUGAUGGCAGAGUUUUCAAGGCAACUCCUUCUAGAAGGUGUGCCAUACGCGGUCUAGCUGAUUCGAUGUUUCAGGUUUUGUGUUUUCACAAGAAAAUCAAAUCUGAUAUGUUGUACAAAGAAAUGGAUUCCUUCAAACAAGAAAUUUUCGUUGUUGAUGAUUCGUUCCACAGCUGUUUCAUUGAAGUCAGAAACGAUAAACUGGUAGCUUAUUCUCCGGAAGGCGUCCUUUUAUCGUCCAUUUCUAUGGACGAUUCAUGCAGUGAUGAUGAGCAGGAUUCACAAGGAAUCUCACAGGUUGCGUCAAAAACGAUCCAGAAUACAAGUUCUGAAGACGAGGAUGAGGCCUCAUUGAGUCUCAACGAAGAGAAGAGCGUGAUGAGCAAAGUCAGAAAUGCAGUUGAAGAGAUUCUUGCAAACGGAACUACAUUAGACGAUACGCAGCUAUCAACUGGAUUCAGUGAUCUUGGCUUUGAUUCGUUAAUGAUUACGGAUUUAUCGAAUCGUCUUCGUCAGAAUCAUUUCCCUCAUCUACAACUUAGUAUCGUGGAUGUUUUUGACUAUCCAAAUAUUCGACAACUUGCCAAAUUUAUCGAAUCGAAAUUGUUGAAACGAAGAACUGAGUUAAUAAUCAAAACUCAUCCAGAACAUUUGUCAGCUAAAGGCAACCAGUCACUGAAUGCAGUUGCCACCGCUAAUCUGGUCAUCCCUAAGAAGGAUUCUGGAAUCCAUUCGGAGACGAUAGAAUCCAGCGAAGACGCUUUAUCCAAAUCGAUUUCAAUUACUGAUGAAGAUUUCCUGUAUGUUCAAAAAUAUUUCAACUGCGAAAUUGAAAGCGACGAAUUUUUGCUGUGUUUAUGCGAUUAUCAGCAAGGCAAACGGAACGCUGUGAUUUUUGACAAUGCCAAUGAUUUUGAAGCAUCUUAUAAUGAACGAAUGAAUACUUGGACAGCACGGACAAGCGAUUCGAUGGGCAUUCAUAAGGCACUUUCCAAUCUCAUGCAGAGAAGAGAUUCUGCACUGAUUCAGUUUGAUUUUCAUAGCAAAUUCGCACUAAAUUCUUUGAUUGAUGUGCUAUUAGCACUAACAUCUUUCCUACUUAAGUCGCCUCAGCAGUUCACUAUUUUAAGUCAACCAGGAACCGGUCGAGCAAAUGCCUUUGCUAUUGGUUUCUCGAAAAGUUUGGCAACUGAAAACUACCCUCGUAUUCAGUUUGUGUGGAACUUUCGUGUUGAACGUCUAAAUCUUAGCAACUUCCCAGAUCGCGGAAUUAACACAAAACAAGACUCUGAAGAAAACUGGUUGAUCACUGGUGGCUUGAGUGGGAUUGGAUGGCAAAUGGCGCAGUGGCUAAUUAAUCAUCGCUGUAUAUCACAUAUUGUACUUGUUGGUAGGCGGCCUUUGGAGGAGAGUAAACACGGUUUGUUGAAUCGCAUGAAGCAUAAAGUUGAUGUGCUUAUUGUUUCUUUGGAUGUUUCAUCUUAUAAACACAUGCGACAGUUUUUCAAAAGACUCGAAUUCAAAUUAACCGGUAUUAUUCAUAGCGCUGGCUCAACCAGUGAUGCAUUGUCGUCAAGGCAAACGCAUCAAAUGUUCCAGCAAGCCGUUGCGGCUAAAUGUUUCGGACUCGCAAAUCUUCAAAAACUCUGCGAUCGAUAUGGACAUUCGCCGAGACAUUUCAUCCUGAAUUCAUCAGUCUCAGCCGUUCUCGGUAAUCGUGGUCAAUGCAACUAUUCUGCGGCAAAUGCGCUAGCUGAUGAGAUGAUGCGUGAACGUCAUGCAAACGGUUUACCUGCGACAAUAAUUAAUUGGGGUAAUUGGUUAGAGACAGGUAUGGCUGUGCCGGUCAACCAACAGCUGAAACGCAUCGGUUUCAACGGUCUUACAACGAGUUGUGCUAUGCGAUUUUUAAAAUUUGCUAUUGAGCAAUGUCCAUUGCAAGUGAUCGUCGCUGGUCUGAAUAUUGAUCGAGUUGUUCAGUAUCGAUCUGAUUUGAAGACUGUUUUUGCGAGUAUUUGCCAUAUCUCGGACGAUGCUGAUACACCAAUGCAGGAUCGAAAACGUGAAGUUAGAAACGAACUAACAAAAGAAAUGGUACCCCAGAAUGAUGUCGUCGCUAGUUCAACCAACUCUGAUGUGCAUUCAAAUAAGAGAUCGAAGGAAGAAAUCAAAGGUUCGAAUAUGAAGGGAAUAAUUGUUGAAUGUUUUGAGAGUAUUUGUGAAAUGAAACUCUCAGUCAGCGAUUAUGACGCAGGAUUCAUGGAUUUAGGAUUGGAUUCGUUGAAAGCGUAUCGUUUCAUCACGGAACUGCAAGAACGUUUCAAUCGAGAUUUAAGUAUCUUAUUAAUUUUUGAAAAUCCCACCAUUAAUCGACUGACUCAGAAACUGAAAAGUAUUACGCAUAUGAACGACGAUUAUACAAGUGAUCGUGACGAUAGCAGUGAUCAAAAAGCCGAUCAGGAUUUCGACGAAUGUUCUUCGAUGAUCUCUUAUAACGCCAACAUGGUGUUGCCAAAUUCAUAUGCUUUCAAUAUCUACGGAAAAUCAAAGAAGGAAGUGCAAGAGAAAGUCGUCAAUUUAAUUGAACGCCUUAUGUUCUGCGAUCAACCAUUUCUUUCGCAAAUGAGAUCUGGAAUUUUACUGAAUCCGAGACGUGAUUGCACGAUGGUUUUGAGCGUUCAUGCAAAAAGUCGACUUGGUAUAAUUCGUAAACUACUGGCUCAACCCACAAUCACUAAAAGCAACUGCACAAAACCAGUCAUAUGUUUUAUGUUCACUGGACAAGGGUCACAAUUGUGGAAUAUGGGGCGUCAACUCGCCGAAACGAUUCCUUUCUUCAGAAAGACUCUUCAUAAGGUAUUAUCGCUCGCUCAAAGCUACAUGCCAUCGAAUUCUAAGAAGCUCGCUCAUAUUGCUUAUGAAUGGAGCCAACGAGAGCUGUUGUUUGCUACAGAAUAUGCACAACCUUUGAUAUUUUGUUUUUCUUAUUCUCUAGCGCAAUUGCUGAUACAUUUUGGUCUCAAAGUGGACUUCUUCGUCGGUCACAGUGUCAGUGAGAUAGUUGCCUAUGCAGUGACUGGGAUGAUUGAACUUGAAGACGCUUUAAGAUUAGUGGUACAGCGAGGUCAAGCUUUGGCUGCACUUGCGGGUAAAGGGCGUAUGAUUGUUGUGAAUUCGAUGGAUGUGGCAAAAAAGCUGCAAAAAAUGACCAGUGUGGACAUUGCAGCUGAGAAUAGUCCACGUCAAAUUGUUCUAUCGGGUUCAAAUGAGGUAGUCGAACGUUGUCUACAAAUAGUUGAUCAAAACGGGUAUUUGGUGAGGUUAUUGGAUGAUCAAUACCCAUUUCACUCUUCAUUGAUUGCUGAUAAACACCUGCAUCAAGUUAGAGCCCUUUGUGAUCGUAUCCACUUCAAACAACUUGGCCGCGCAUGUUUGGCAAGUAAUUUGAGUGGUAAACUUCAAAAAUCAGUGACUUCAACGAAGAUCAUUGAGCAAAUUCGAUCCACUGUUAAAUUCCGAGAUUGUGUUAAGAACUUAUUGGCAGCUGGUGUAAACUGCUGGGUGGAAAUUGGCAACGGUGAAAUAUUAUCAACGCUUGUUCGUGCUAUCGUCAAUGACCAGCAGAAGCAUGUGGUGUGUUCUGCAAUAAGAAUAAAGGAACUGGAAUUUGAUUCGAUUCUCAAAACACUUCUGCAAUUUGAUAAGCGAGGAGUUGAAAUUGACUGGUCGAAAGUUUAUCAGUUCGACGAAAUCGGACGAAGAUUGGACAGUAAACAAGAUAUCGAUAUGAUAAUUGAUAUGGAAAGAUUCGUUGAAGAUGUGCGAUUUAGAGGAGUAGACCAACACCAACUCAAUGGGAUACCGCUAAUACCCGCUGCUUUCUCGAUAGUACUUUUUGCGAACGCUGUUUCUGGGAAGUUGAUUGGAGCAGAUAUUACAGAAAGAUCACUGAAUGUUCUGAUGAAAAGAGUGAUUUUGAGAAAACCAUUGAGUAUUAAUGGAGGUGAAGAACUGAAACUGAAAGGGAAUAAGUUCGAAAUGUUUUUAACAGUUGAUGGAUUGACUUUCAGUGAAUGUCUAUAUUCAACUCAUUUCCCACAGAUGCCUUCUCAAAUAAUUGUAAGCAAUCAGUUUAGUCGAAAUGCUCGAUUAUUAGAUCAUAAUGAAUUCUACGAAAGAUUGCGAUUCAGCGGUCUUCAGUAUGGACCGCAGUUGAAUGUAAUUCGGCACAUACGACGUACAUCAGAUGAAAUAUCAGCUGAUUUAGUUGGUGUUGAAUCAGUAUUUGUUCUUGUUGAUAGUGCUUUACAGGUACUGGCUGCUAAUGUAUUUGACCGAGACAAUCCAAAAGUUUAUAUUCCAUUUGAAAUUGAGAAGCUCUGGAUCGGCUGUGAUGAGAUAAAGCGUCUGGAUUCAUUACGAGCAGUUGGGCACAUCAAGGACAGGAGUGAACGUUUUGUAAGUGGUGACAUUGACGUAUAUGAUCAAAACGAACAGCUGAUCUGCGCGAUCAGAAAUGUCAUUGCAAUCAAUAAGCAAAAUGCUGGCACAGCUUCAAAAAAUGCUUUGAAUUUCGAACAAAAUUCAAAAGAUCUUUCAAAAAAUGGCCGCAAUAAUCGAUAUAAUAAUAAGUCAAUCGGGGAGAGAUUUAAUGGUGGUUUCGAAUUGGAAAAGUCUGCAAAAAACAAUGAAAGGUCGUUUCAAGAAGACAAAACACUCAAAAAAUCCUUUUCAUAUCCCGAACAUCCACCUGCACUGGAUCGAUCUUCAACUGAAACUCCAACAAUUAGUAUCAUUGGUUAUGCGGGCCAAUUUCCUGGAUCCUCAUAUGAUACUGAGGCUUUAUGGAAUGAUCUCAAAACUGGAACGAUACCAAACAAUUCGGCCUUAUCGAGACGUUCUAUGUUCCCAGAUCAACCUGAAUCGUGUAAUGUGAAUUUGAUAGAUAGGCAGAUCGAAUGUUUUGACGCGCAAUUCUUUGGCAUAAGCCCUGCGGAAGCUUGUUAUAUUGACCCUCAGCAAAGGUUACUUUUGGAAAUGAGCAAAAGAGUGCUGGAUAAUGCUGGCCUAUCUCAACUGCCCAAUCGUACUGGCGUAUUUGUAGCGACUAGUUCAAGUGAUUUUGCUCAGAGGGCAUACGCUGAAUUGAAUGAGUCAAAUGCAUAUUUGGCUAUAGGCACGAAUCAGAGCAGUUUAGCUGGACGUUUGGCGUAUUGGCUUAACGUGAAUGGACCAGCUGAAACCGUUGAUACGGCUUGUUCAUCAUUUGCAACAGCUCUGACACGUGCUUGCGAUGCAAUCCGUUGUGGUCACUGUGAAUGGGCAAUGGUUGGUGCUGUGAAUAUUAUCUUAAAUCAGAAAACAACUCGAGUUCUCGAAAACGCCAAAAUGUUGAGUCCAACCAAUCACUGUAAAGUAUUCGAUGCUCGCGCUGAUGGAUACGUUCGUUCGGAAGGUGUUGGUAUGGUGUUGAUUAAGAAACUUGAUCUUGAAGAUCAGCAACGUUUUACCGGAAUCCAGAUAAAGGCUUACGCAAGUGGUCACAACGGUCGCUGUUCAGGAAUCACAGUGCCGAAUGGUCAACGCCAACAAGACGUGAUGCGAGCAGUUCUCAAUUCCACAAUGGUAUCGGAUAUUUGCUUUGUAGAAGCUCACGCUACAGGCACACGUUUGGGUGAUAGAAUUGAAGUUAACGCUAUUUGUGAUACGUUUCAACGAGAUACUGCUCUACAUGAUGCGAGCAUUCGUCUGCAUUCCACCAAAACUCAUUUGGGGCAUUGUGAAGCGGCCGCUGGUUUAGCUUCUUUUAUAGCCGUUCUGAAAUCGCUAGAAAACAAUUAUUUGCUACCAAAUUUACACUUCCAUAUUGGAAAUGAUGCUCUGAAUCAGAAUUCACAAAAAUCUUAUGAUGAAUAUCAAAAAAGUUUCGUCAAUUCCAGUUCUGAUAACAGUGCUGUUAUAGGAGCUAAAAGGAAUACAUCUAUUACUAAUGUUUCAUCUAACGGGAAGGAUCGAAUGCACAAGAACAUCUUUGUUGGUUGCGUGGGUGAAGAAUUGCAUGACAGUCAAUCAAACAACGUUCUCAUGAAUUGUUUCGGUUUCAGUGGCUCAAAUGUUUCAUUACUCCUGUCUCGAUCAAUACGAUCAAAAUCAAAUUGGAAGUCAAAGCGUCGAAAUGUCAUCUUCAGACCUUAUAUAGUGAUUCUGUCUGCACACGACCCAAGAAGUCUAUCAAAAAUGAAAACCAUAUUCAAAGAAUACAUCUCUGAAACUGAUGAACCACUCGAAAAUAUUUGUGCUUAUCUGCAAUUAUGCAGAACUUAUUACCGAUUUCGUUCGACUGCCGUUCUUAGGAGUUCUCACGAAGAAGUGGAUUUUAUUGAUGGUAAUACCGAAAAGCGCAUUCAUACGUUGCAGUUCUACUUCGAUGGGAAGUCGGUUUGUAUGGAAGAUGUAUUGAAUUUGUGCGAGAAUAUUGGCGCUUUCAAGAAAAUAUUCAUUGAUAUGAAUAACAACUAUGUUCGCUGGAGGAGUGAAAAUCAUAUCGGGGAAGGUGUAGAACUUAGGAUACAGUUCAUUGCGAAACUUUCACUCUUGAUGUUUUUCAUCCGGAUUGGUAUUCGUCCAACGGGCAUUUGUGCCAAGGAAAAUUUCGAUCGUAUUGUCGCCGAAGUUUUUCUACGAAAAGCCAUCCACGACGACUGGUGCCGCGAUGAUAAGAAAUCUACAUCAGUAACCUCCAAGUAUCAUGAGGAAAGGUGUGACAAUCCUGCAAUUUUGUGUAAGAAUACAGCAAUAAGUGAUCGUCUUGCUAUGAACAAAUACGACUGUGUGAUCAAUCUAAAUCAAUUGUCAAUCGACCAUAGUGAACCAGUAUCUUCGAGUAAGCGUCUUGCUCGUUUACUGGCAUACUUAUGGGCGAAUGGUGUAGAAAUCAAUUGGAGCUAUUUGAAUGAUGGACCUCUUCCCAAGUGUCGAUUGUUUUCGUAUCCUUUCAACGAGAGUAGAUUCUGGCCCUUCAAAGACCCUGAACUCUCCAAAAUGGCAUCAACUAAUAAGGAUCCUAGUUUACAAGUUUCAGUUUUGAAAUCAAAAUUGUUCGAUCAUUCUGAGGUAAAUCUUACCAAAGAAACGGGUGCUUCACCACCAAUGAAUUGGUCAAAAUCUGAACCUUCAAAAUUCAACAAAUUGAUGAUAGAAAAACCUGCUCAAGAAAGCAGUCAAAAAGACAAGAUUAUCGCAGAAGUCGAUAUUUUUCAAGAAGAUUUCAACAAUCAAUGCUUGACCGUGAUUCGAAUUUGGUUGAUCCUUGAUGAAGCUGUUAAGGGGAAUUUCAUCUCUAAAGCCUCAUUUAACGUGUUCGGAAUUUCUGGAAUUUCCGACGAAACUAAACAAUAUCAAAAAUCUCGUGAAGAUUACAUAUGCAGUUGUUGUAUUGCCCUUCUAAGGUCACUAGCAUCUGAAAAGACGCAAAUCGUGUAUCGAUAUAUUGAGCUUGAUCAGAUCGAUGAUCGAAUUCUUGAUGAAAUUUCUUCGAAUGAUAAUUUUGACGAAAUAAUCGCCUACAGGAAUGGUCAAAGAUAUGUUGAGCGCUUGCAAACGUUCGAUUUGCAACAAAAUAUAAUCUGCAACAAGAAGAAGCGGUUACAUCGGAUCGCAAUAACUGGAGGAUUGGGUGGAAUUGGUAGGACUUUAAUCAAAGCACUUCGACCAAAAUUCGUUGUGAUUUUGAGCAGAAGAACAGAACUGGAUGAAACCGCUCGGGACUUUAUCGAAUCCUGCAAAUCAACCACUCAUAUUAAGCUAAUCCAAGGCGAUUGCUGUAAUUACGAGGACGUUGAAAGACUAUUCGAUAAUCACAGCACAAAUCCAAUUGAAUUCGUAUUUCAUUGUGCAGGCACAGUUGAAAAUGCUCUGGCUGAGCAAAUGGAUGAAACAAAAUUGAAACGCGUUUUGACUGCAAAAUUAGACGGUACUGUGAACUUGAUUCGAAUCUGUAACCGCCUCGCAAAUCACCAAUGCAAACUUGUCGCAUUCUCAUCAGUUGCUUCAGUAUUAGGCUCAGUCGGUCAAACAAAUUAUGCUCUGGCCAAUAAUGUUAUGGAAUGUCUACUGACAACAUUCUCAGUCAAUUAUCUCACGAUCAAUUGGGGUCCGUGGGCAGAAGUCGGCAUGCUGGCCGGUGAUGAGAAGAAUUUAAUUCGUCGACAUAUUCAAAAGAAUGGUUGGAAUUUUUUGUCACCAGUAGAUGCCAUCGACGCUUUAUUCCAAAUAUUGGAUUUUAGCGGUCAAAUAAUGGUUUUUGAUGGAGAUUUCGAAGCAAUUUUGAGCCGACAAAAACACUUGAAACAUAUUCUAGAACUUCUCACAAGUGGACAUGCUGAGGUAAAAGAGGAUAGAAAUGCAAAAAAUGAAGAAGAUUGUGAAAUAAAACCUGCGUUGAUAGACACUAUUCCUGGAGUGCUAAAAAGGAUUACAGUGGCAGAGACCACUACUAUGGAAUCUCCAUAUCAUGCGCCAUCAUUUCGGAACGGUUCUACAAAAGAUUUGCUCCGGAAUAUCAUAAGACGAGUGAGUGGCGUUGAAGAAAUUGACUCAGAUGUUGGUUUCAUGUCAGUAGGUAUAGAUUCGCUGAUGAUCAAUGAAAUGAGAAAUAUUCUUAAGAAUGAAUUAGAACUCGAUAUACCGGUAACUAUUUUCUACGAUCGAUGUACAAUCGAUACAAUGAGUGCUUAUAUUGAAUCAAAAUUAUCAGAAAGAAACGAAUGUGGUGAAAUCCGAAAUGAAGAAAUCAGUCACAGCGAUAUUAGUGACCCUCAACAAAUUGCUAUCAUAGCGUAUUCUGGUGCCCUUUCGGGUGCUGCGAAUGUUGAUGAAUUCUGGCAAAAUCUACUGGAAGGGAGAGAGAGCAUCACUUUCGAGAAGAAUGAAUCCAAGGAUGACGGGACGGAAACAUCGAGCGAGCAUGUCGCAAAAGACGGCGAAUUUGUUGCAGCUGGUGGACUGAUCCCUGACAUUGAUAAAUUUGAUCAUCAGUUUUGGCGUAUUAGCCAUUCAGAUGCCAAACACUUAGAUCCUCAGAUACGUAAGUUCGUUGAACAUGCAUAUAUUGCUCUCGAAAAAUGUGCUCUCGUCAAGAAACGUGAGUCGUUGAAAAUUGGUGUAAUAGCCGCUGCUGAACCGACUAUGUAUGGUUGCAGGGGAUAUAAUGAAAUGGCAGAAUCUACAUUCUUGGGAGACAAUAAUGGAACAAUAGAGCAGUUGUUCGAUAUGAAUCAAAAGGAUUUUGUAGCCACAUGGACAAGUCAUUUGCUCAAUCUUCGAGGACCAUCUUUUGGUGUCUAUUCGGCAUGCUCGUCAGGAUUGCUAGCCGUUACUCAAGCAGUACAAUUGCUGCGUGAGCGAAAAUGCGAGGUGGUCCUAGUCGGAGCCUCAUCCUUGGUUCUACCGGAUGCCAUCGGUCAUCUCUAUCGAUCCGGUAUGAUCUUCUCACCUGACGGUCAUUGCAGACCAUUUGACGAGCGCUCGUCGGGUACAGUGCGCGGGUCUGUGGUUGGCGUAAUUGCACUGAGGCUUGUUUCUGAUGCAAUCCGAGAUGGCAGUCCAAUUCUGGCUCUGCUUGACAGUUAUGCGGUCAACAAUGACGGUAAGUUGAAGUCAAGUUUCACCGCACCAAAUAUUAGUGGUCAAACAGAUUGUCUCAAAGAAGCAAUUGAAGGAACGGAUUCAGCUGAUGUUGAAUACGUUGAAUGCCAUGGAACAGGAACGAAAAUCGGCGAUGCGAUAGAACUGAGUGCUAUGCGCGGCUCAUACGCUAAAAAGUUAGUGAUUGGUUCAGUAAAAGCAAAUAUUGGUCACGGUUUUGCGGGUGCAGGCCUAGCUGGACUCCUGAAGAUUUGUAAAAUCGUUGAAACACGAAACAUUCCAAAGCAGAUCAAUUUCACUCGAUUACAUGAUGCAGAAGAUCAGCAGCACUUCAUCGUUCCGAAAACAAAUAUUCCAAUCGUGAAGGAGCGAUUCCGUGUUGCAGUGAGUUCAUUUGGCAUAGGUGGUACAAAUGCGCAUGUGUUGCUGAGGAAUGUCGAUGAAAAAUUGAAGAUGAAUCGAAAUUUGACCGGUUGUACAGAGACGCAUGAUAGAUCAAAGUUUUAUUUGCUACCGAUCUCUGGAAAAACAAAAACCGCCUGUAUUGCGUUGUGUCAUGCUGUAGCAGAAUAUAUCGGCCCAAAAUCAGACUUGAAUGCUAUCGCAUACACAUUGCAAAAUUGUCGCGAGCAUUUCCGUUAUAGAACAGCAGUUCUUGCGAGGGAUAUUGCAGAUGCCAAACAACAACUUGGCAAUAUACAAGACGUUUGCGAAUCAAAUCCUUUAAACAACGAUAACAUUGCAUUCUUUUUCGCACCUCAAGGAGUUCAAUAUGCUCGCAUGGGUGAGGUGUCGUUGACUGAAGCGCCGAAGUUCAGCGAAUCAAUGCGGAAAUGUGCUGAAAUCAUCUCGAAACAACUCAACGUCGAUUUCUGGAAAAUUCUGUAUCCUGAAGCUCCUGCGGUACUCCCUUCACAUUCUGAAGGUUCCGCAACCCGUGAUCUCAGUGUAAACGCCGUUGAUCCUCUCAAACAACAACGUUUCGCACAAUGCGCUCUCCUGUCAUUGUGUUGCUCUAUUGUCGAGCAAAUACGCGACUGGGGUAUUGACUGCUCUACGAUGAUUGGUCAUAGUGUAGGUGAAUAUUCGGCGGCUGUUAGCGCAGAAGUAUUUUCACUCGAAGAUGCCUUGCGUAUUCUACUAUACCGUUCCAAACUUAUCAGCAAGACAAAAUCUGCUAAGAUGAUUGCUGUACGAAACUGCCCAGCUAAACUUUCGGAUGGAAUCGAAGUGAGUGCCGUACUCAGUGAGAAUUUCAAGUGCUUGGUGGGCGAAGCAAAAGAAAUUGAGUCUUUCAAGGCAAUUUUAACGCAACAAAAUAUCGAAUUCCGUGAGCUAGUAACUGAAUAUGGAUUCCAUUCAUCAUUUAUGGAUGAAAUUGUUGAACAGUUCCGAACGUUUCUGAAAAAUUCCAUCAGCUCAAAUAAACCACAACGAACGAUUCUUUCGAAUGUUGAUGGGAAGCCAAUCACCGACUUCAAUGAUGAGUAUAUGGCCACUCAUAUGAGAGCAGCGGUACGCUUAGAUAAAUGUUUGACCGAAUUACCGUCACACAUUCAAGUGAUUGUCGAAAUUGGACCUUCGGGGAUUCUUCAGAAUCUUCUUAAAGAGUCGCAUUCAUCGAUAAAGGUUAUUGAAACUGUUGCGUCCAGAAAUGCAAAAGAUAAACGUACCACUCAUUUGCUGAAUGUAGUUACAAAACUGUGGUCGCUUGGCUACGAAAUCAACUGGAGCAAAGUUGCACCAUCCGAAGGUAAUUUCGACCCUGGUUUACCUAACUACCAAUUCGAUAAAAUCGUUUGCUGGCAACCAAAUGUGAUCAAAAAGCCAAGAUCAGUAAGAAUAUUUCGACGAUGUUGGGUUGGUCUACAAAAACUACCUUCAAGAAAAAUUGGUGCGUCUACUCCUCUCAAAAGUGUCCUUCUCUUCAUGCCAAAACAAAUGAAUGGAACUUUGAAGCAGCUAAUUAUUGAUUUGAAAAAUCUUUUCAUUGAAUGUGUUCACGUUGAACCAAUUGAAGCAGCCGUUCGGAAUUCAUCAACAAUUGUAGAUUCGACGAACGGAAUCUUAACGAUUGAUCCAUCUCAAGAAAACGCCUAUCAACAAUUGGGUGAUCAUCUACGUCGAGCAAAUUUCAAAUGUUCGCUCGUGAUUCAUGCAUGGAAUAUGCGUGAUGACUUCGAAAAUCUGUCAGUUGCUCAACGUUUAUACAUUAGUUUCUAUUCCCAUCUAUGGAUCAAACGUUACCUAUCUGAUAUAUGCUACGAUCAACAUUUAUCGGUAAUAUCGCUUGUACAGGCUAGAGCUCCUCCAGAAGCGCUCACAUUGCUAGGACCAAUUCGCGAACUUCACAUGACGCAACUUCAAAGCUACGCAUUAUGUCUUCAAAUAUCUGAUGGUGUGGAUUUGUGCAAUCAUAUAUUACAUUUGCGUCAGUCAAUUUGGAAACCAAAAUUUUGUUAUCUGCGUUGUGAUGCGGAGAAUCGCUUGCAAGAAAUGAGCUUUUGCGAGUCAGUUCAUGCAGUUGACAGUCAUCUUUUCCAUGAAAAUGACUUGAUACUGAUAUUCGGCGGUUGUGGCUCAUUAGGUCAAGCUUUCAUCAAAUUUCUGACUCGGCAAUAUCGGUCGCUAACUUUUGUGAUUGUGAGCAGAAAUGCCAGGAAUAUUUUCGGACAAAUUGAUCUUUUCAAAAAAAUUCAAGAAUCCUCUCAGGACGGAGGGCAUUGCUUCGAUGUUUAUGAUAUCGAUAUGUCGGAUGCUCCAAAGAUGGACCAGCUGAUAAGAAAUUUGAAUGAGAAAUAUCAGCGCAUCAAUGUGGUUAUUAAUGCGGCUGGCCAAGUAACUUCCAAACAACUUCAUAAGAGUGGGCGAGAUGUCGAACGUGUUUUUGCUUCAAAAAUCUACGGUACUAGAAAUAUUUUUGACGCAUUGCAAAGCAAUAAUUGCACUGUCAGAGGUGUUUUGUUAACGUCAACUUUAAGUAGUAUUUUGGGUAUAAAUGGGAAUGAAGAUUAUGCAGCUGCCAACGUAUUCCUUGACGAAUUAGCUGAAUUUGAUCACUCAUAUCGAUCUGUUACUGAUAAUGUUAUCAGUGUUCAAUGGUCUGGAUGGAAGGAUUCAACAAUGAUUGCUGAAUAUGCCUCUCUCGAUGCUAAUAGCCAAGUUGCCAAACUGAUAAUCGAUAACUCGUUAUCAGAUCUUCAGUAUGAACGAGUAUUUUUUAAUGCUGUUCAAUACAGGGGAUGUAAUGCGGUAUCCACUGUAAGUCCAGCAGAAAUAGUUGAUCAGGUAGCAAGACUUCAGAAGCAACCCUUGAGCUUCACUGAACCUCAAGAACAAAUUGCAGCUACUACUCACUUAAAAUUGAAUGAAGAAAUGGUCAAGGAAAUUUGGAAACAAUGUCUAGGAGUGGAAACUAUUUCAAUGAAAGACAACUUCUUCCAUCUGGGCGGUCACUCUUUGAAUGGCAUGCAGAUCACUUGGCAGAUCAAUAAACAGCUUGGACACAAUGCUUUCACGAUUAAUGAUCUCUUUAAGCAUCCUGUUUUGGCUGAUUUCUUAGAAUUGCUGUCGUCGAAUAAGAAUGCUCAAGUUGGAGAAUUACAGAAGGUUCGCAUACCUGAAGCCAAAAAACUGCAACAAUUGAAACUUACGUUUGCUCAAGAAAAUAUGCUAAUUUUAAGAAGUUUAUAUGAACCAACGCUAUAUAACAUUGUAUUCUCAAUUGAAAUUGAAGGUGCCAUAAACCUGAAAUACCUACAAUAUGCAUUAUUUGCAUUGAUAGCAAGACAAACGUCAUUAAGAACUGUUUUCACCACUUCAAUCGAAAACGACCAAUAUUGGCAAGAAUGUUUAUCGUUGACUGAAUCUUAUCAAAACAUCGAUUGGUCUUAUCAAAGGUACACUCGAUUUGAGUCAUUGAUUCAGGCUGAACGAUCGUUUAUCUUUGAACUUGAACAAAUCCCAUUAAGGAUGAUUGGCAUCAAAAGUGAUUCAAAUAAAUUCCAUGUUAUCGUUUCACAACAUCAUAUUGUAACUGAUGGUUGGUCAAUGAGUAUUUUUGCGAAGGAGUUAAGUGAUAUAUAUAAAAACUUCUCGGGUGGUUACAAACACAAAGCAAAACUACUUCCUCGCUUGUCCAGGCAUAUUGUUGACUAUGCAAUGUGGCAAAGAAAUGAGGACAAUGUGAAAAGUUUCGUCAAUGAUCUGCAGUUAGCAUGUGAUCGUUUGAAAUGCACAAAACCAACACGGCUAUUAACUGAUCACAAUUACGAUUCAACGCCAUCAUUUUCAUCGCCUGCGUCCACUUCUCAAUAUUCUUUCCGGUUACCACCAUCAUUGAAAUAUUGCCUCAAGAGCGCAGCUGCUCAGCGUCACACAACCGAAUACAUCCUAAUGCUUUCAGCAUUCGUCUGUGUUGUACGAGAAUUUUCUGAUGAUUACCAUUCCAACCAAAUCGUAAUUGGAAGCGCUGCAUCAGGCAGACAAUUCGAAGAACUUAAUUCGAUUAUUGGCUAUUUCUUAUGUAAUAUUAUCGUCGUAAUUGAUAAUCUCAAGGAAGCACUUCAAAAUAAUCAGCUUAUCGAUUGCAUUGAAAAAGCAUUUGAUGAAGCGAAACGUUUCGAGCACUUACCGUUUCAUCGUAUCGUUGCAGCACUUGGCCGCGAAAGAUCUCACGGUGAGAAUCCUCUCUUUGACAUUUACUUCAACUACCGACAUAACCUCGACUAUCCGACCGUCGACAUUCCUGGCACAAAAACUGCAGUGCAUCAGUGGACAUCGAACACAGUGUUCGAUUUUUCCUGUACAAUCGAUGAGACGCCAGCAGGUUUGAAUGUAAUGUUUGACUACAACUCCGAAAAAUACUACUUGGAUACGAUUAAGGACUUUGGGAAUCAGUAUGUACGAUGGAUGUCCGAACUGUAUGGAAACGUUUCGAAUCUAUGCAAAGUUCCUAUUCCAUCUUAUAACUUAUACGAUCAUCAUGUCGAUCAAUAUGCGUCUGGCGACGAGUUGAACGGCAUCUCACAAAAACUUUGCUCAACUUUGCCUUAUCACGAUGUGCCAUUUAAUCGAACCGUAUCAGACAUCAUUAUGCAACAAUCACGCAUCGCCGGUUCAGCUAUAGCUAUGGAAGACGGACAUGCGAUGGAAACAUAUGAAACGCUUCUUGAGAAAGCAAUAUGUCUUGCAUGUGCUAUUCAACAAACCUAUUUGAGGGAAUGCUGUGAACCGUUACGUUCAGAUGCGAUUGUUCCAAUUUGCGUGCAAUCACAACACGCUUUGCUACCCAUUGUAGCAGUUUUGUUGGUCGGAGCUGCAUAUGCUCCUCUUGAUCCACAAAAUCCGCUGGAAUGGAACGAAAACAUUUUAGAUAGAUUGAAGCCAUCAUGUGUUAUAGCUUCGAAUAAGAUGCGUUUCAACAGAAAUUAUCCACUCCUUGAUCCAGACAGCAUUAAUCACAUAUCACCUUCGAAAUUCAGCCAUAAAGUUCGCUCUACAUCAGAAUCAUUGGCUUACGUGAUAUAUACAAGUGGAUCCACGGGUCCACCAAAAGGUGUCUGUAUUGCACAUCACAAUCUAGUGCAUUUCUUGCGAUUCGCCACCUUACAAAUAGGGGCACAUCUUGGAUUACGAGUAUAUAAUUCAGUGAAUACGGUAUUUGAUAUCAGUUGUGCAAACCUAUUCACUAGUUUAACGAAUGCUUCUACAUUAAUCAGCUGCAAGAAUCGAUUGAAUGCUGCUUCGGAAAUAGUUGAAAAAGAUAUCAAUUUCGCAUUCUUAUCAUCUGCGCUCUUCAGUCAAAUCGAAACCGAUCAGGAACUAACGAAAAUGGCUGGAGUUGUAGAGAGACUGUUCAUUGGUGGUGAAACACCAAGCCGAGAAAUUUUGGAAGAGUGCCUCAGAAGAGGCGUUUACAUUCGACAAAUCUAUGGUCCAACCGAAACAACAGUAUGGUCACUAACGAAUCGAUGUACACUCAAUGAAGGUUUCGAAUCAAAUCGCGUAAUAGGCACAGCAAUGGGAAAUCAAUUUGUGGUGCCGACUGAUCGAUAUGGCAAUCAGCUGAGUAGAGAUAAGGUGGCUGAAUUGGCGAUUACUGGUGACAGUGUUGGAAGAGGAUAUCUGAGCAAGCCAUCGGAUAAUUUUUGUGAGAAUUUGCAUCGAAGUCGCGAAGACAGAGUACUCAACAGGAAUCAAAUCCUCUAUCGAACAGGUGAUAGGAUUAAGAAGAAGGGUUCGAAAUAUGUUUAUUUGGGACGAUUGGAUUCACAGAUGAAGAUUCGUGGAUUUCGAGUUGAAGCAAUUCAGAUCGAAAAUGCGAUUAAGUGUUCCGAUGAUCGAUUGAAAAAUGCGAGCAUAACUGCGAUCAGUGAAAAGGAUAACAAUUCUUUGAUAGCUUUCAUUGCGACAAUGGAAAAACUUAAUAUGAACGAUUUGAAGAAAUCCUUACUAGGCAGAUUGCCUUCCUAUAUGGUUCCUGAUAUCUUCAUUACAAUCGGCAAAAUGCCACUGAAUCUGAGUGGUAAAGUUGACCGAAAACAGCUACUUAAGUAUUUGAAAGAACAGAGAAGUGUCCGGGAGACAAGGCAAAUAUCUAACGACUUAUCGGGGCAGAUGAUCACGAAUUGUGGACAAAUGACAAAAACAGAAUUGAUGAUUGCCCAAAUUUGGAGAGAAGUCUUGCAUAAACCGGAUUUGUCCUUAUCGGAUAAUUUUUUCGUUUGUGGUGGUCAUUCUUUAGUUACAUUAAGUGUGUGUAAUCGUAUUCAGCAAUCAUUCGCAAUCUCACUGAAACCAACUGAUAUAUUCAAGUACCCGACAAUUGAAUCUUUAUCUGAAUUUAUUGAUAAUACAAUGACAAUCAACAAAGAUCACUCUUCAAUGAGUGCAUCAAUAAUCACGAUGAGGAAUGUCGCAUCCGAUUCGAAUAAAAACUUGUACUUGAUUCAUGCUGUCGCGGGAUCAAUAUUCCCAUAUUACGCAUUGCUGCCUUCAAUACCCAAAGAAUUCAGUGUUUAUGCUAUCCAAUACGAUGUUGAUUAUGAACCGAAAACGUUGCUCGAGCUGGCUCAGUUCUACGUCGAUCAGGUAAUCAAGCAUCGAAAGAAUGCUUCAAUAUGGUUGAUGGGACACUCAUUGGGUGGAUGUCUAGCGAGAGAGAUGGCUAAAAUAAUGCAAUCAAAAUCAAUCCAGUAUUCACCGUCUUUUGUUGUGAUGCUCGAUUCAUGGUGCAUUGGUACCGAGAAACUGGAACUUAAUGCUGUUAGGGAAUACCUUGAGGAACAACUUUCCCUAUUACCAAACAAGAACGUUUUCAUGGAACGAGCCAUGAAGCUAGCGAAAAUGCUUCAGAAUCAUCGGUUCGAAUCGAGUGACAUAAAAAUUCACCUUUUCAAAGCCAAGAAACUUGAGAACUCAGCAUCAAGACGUACAAUAAGCACGGUUUUACAAUUACAGGAAAAACACGAACCGGUCUGUAUGAAGAUGAGCAAAGCGAAACGUAAGACAUUCGAUUCAGGUAAACAACGUGCUACCGGUUCAGAUAUAACAAUCAAUGACGUUCGAAAUGCAGAGCGUGAUCGUCAGAAGGUUGGUGGCACGUAUCCUCGACCGAAAACGAGUUGGCGAGAAAAACAUGAAACAUUCGUGAACGCUGUAUCUGCGUCAAGACAAGUUGAUUACGCGCUGAAAACCGGAACACCUUUACCACCGCCUCCAAAAACUUCAGUACCAAAGGGUCAGUCAUCUCUUAACUUAUUAAUUCUUCUCAUUGCAAGAUCCGAUCGGAACUGGCAAAUGCCUCCAUCAACACGUGAUUCAACGAUAACACAACGUAACGAAACGUCAUCUCGAUCCCGUUUAUCACAGCGAAUGCCACCACCCCGACGUGCAUCCGCAGAUCGUCAACCAACAUCGAACAAUGUCUCGAGGCAGUCACCUUCACGACUCGCAACAAAUAGUGCCAAUCUUGCGUAUCGAAGCAAUUUACCUACACCAGUCAAGUUGGUGACAUCUUCAAAACUUUACACAUACAGUUUACUUGCAAAUGGAAUGCUAUUAGUGGAAUGUGCAUGA